AUGAUGAACUGGUCAAGUGUGAGCAAACCUGAAGUUUUUCUUCAUGAGGAUGGAUACUACUUAAUCAAAUUUCAGAAGAUCAGUGACAUGAAUGAGAUUUUGUUCUCUGGGCCAUAUACUAUCAAAAAUCCACCAAUCAUUCUGAAACAGUGGUGUCCUGAGUUUGAUCUAGGAAGUGAAUUCCUAACAGAGAUUCCAUUGUUGGUGAACUUUCCAAAAUUGCCUUUAAACUGUUGGGGUGUGGGAUCUUUGAGUAGGAUUGCAAGUGCUAUAGGAGUUCUCCUCUUUGCUGAUGAAUGUACAACUAAGCAAACUAGGAUAUCAUAUGCUAGAAUGCUUGUUGAAGUUAAUGUUACAAAAACUAUACCUCAGAAGAUAACAGUAGUGGAUCCAAAUGGGAAGACCUUUAUGCAAGAUGUUGAGCUAGAAUGGAGGCCUCAAUAUUGUGAUAGAUGCCAGAAGAUAAGGCAUGUGUGUCAAGUGGAGCAAGCAGCAAAGGAAGAGAUGCCAAAGAGAAGAAGGCCUUGGAAAAAAGUAACUCAAACUUGGCAAUAUAAAGGCCCAAUUUCACAAAAAAAUGAGCAAGAAAAGGUGGAGGAACAAAGGCAAGAGAUCACUCGUAGGCCACAGGAAGAUCAACAGCAGAAGGAACAGGAGAUAGGAAAGAAGAUAGAUCAACAAACACCAAAGAAUGAUAAACAGCCCUAUGUAGAUGGACAGCUGGACCUGAGUUUGGAUAAUUUUCCUAUGCUGAAAGCUAUACCAACAAGGAAUGGCUUUGAGAGCCUCAUGCAUAAUAAAAUGGCUUCACUAUCUGUUGAUAGAGGGUUAAUUGAAACAAGAGUUAAGGAGAAAAAUAUGAAAACAGUUCUUAAAGGGAUAGUUCCAGGGUGGAAGAUGCUAAAUAAUUAUAAUGGUAGUCCUAAUGGAAGAAUUCGGCUGGUUUGGGAUGAUAAUUGGUAUGAGAUUAAGGUGAUUAAUAGCUCAGCUCAAUUCUUGCAUUGUCAGGUUAAUGAGAGAAGCAAAGAUUAUCAGUUUAUAGUGACUGUAGUGUAUGGCUUUAAUACAGUGGAACAGAGAAAAAGUCUAUGGUAG